AUGUCCUCCGACACCGACCCUGUUCUCAAUGAUCUCCUAAAGAAAAAUGAGAAAUGGGCAACAGAUAAUAAACACCUUUUCCCUCAAGAUUCACAGUCUCCAAAGGUCCUUUGGAUCGGCUGCGUUGACUCUCGUGUUCCGGAGUCAGUCGUGACGCUUUCGCAGCCAGGAGAUAUCCUAGUACACCGAAACAUUGCCAACCUUUUCCAAUUAAACGAUGACAGUGCUGUCUCUGCGCUCCAUUUUGCGGUCCAAAAUUUGAAGAUAACUCGUAUCGUUAUCGUUGGGCACACCGAUUGUGGGGGCGUUCACGCAGCGUGUCGUGCUGCGCACGAUGGUACUGUCAUCCAACCUCCGUGUCUCGCCCGUUGGCUCGACCCGGUAGUCCAGCUUGCGCAGCGAACUCCCAGGAACUUUGCGAGACUGAUUGAGGAGAACGUACGAGAGCAAGUCAAAAACGUCAUCAAAGAGAUCAAAAACAUGUCGCUGGAUAUGAACUUGGAAGUGCGAGGCUGGAUCUAUUCGGUUGAGGAUGGGAAUUUGCGUGUGCUGGAUGGUGGGGCGUAA